AUGGAUGCUUCUCAAGAUAAAUGUUCCGGAGUAAUAGCCUCUCAUGCGGAUCUCUGGGGGAGGCAUUUUGCGAAGGAUCCAAAGGUGUUCAAGCUCAGUGUAGGAACUCUAAAUGUGGGAAUGAUGGCAGGAAAGGGAAGGGAGAUAGUAGACAUGAUACAGAGGAGGAAGAUAAAGGCUUUGUGUGUGCAAGAGACAAAGUGGAAGGGCAAUAAGGCAAAGAUCUUAGCUGAAGGCUAUAAGGUACUUUAUAGUAGUGCAAGCCCGCAAUCAAGAAAUGGAGUUGGAGUUGUUCUGCACAGAGAGCUUCAAGAAGAGGUAUGUGAAGUCAGCAGAGUAAAUGAUAGGAUCAUGUAUGUUAAGAUGAUGUUUGGCGGAGAAAUGGUAACAGUGCCAAGCGGGAUGUUCGGAGAGUGGGAAGAAAAAAUUUUGGAGAGAUUUGGAUGGAGUAAUGGUCAGAAUACCAGAGAAUGA